AUGGCAGAAAUAACCAAAAUGCAAGAGAAAAUCGAAAGAAUUCUUAAAGAUAAAGAAAUAUUAACCAGCAAAUUGCAAGAAUCAACAGAUAAACUUGAAGAAUUACGAAAUACACCACCUAUUAACGAACAAGAACAGAUUAAUCAGUUAGUAAACCAAGGAUUAAAAGAUUUUAAAGCACAAUCCAACGAAAAACUUAAUAAACAACUUCACAAACUUAUGUCAGAUCAAGCAAAGAAAGCUGCAGAAGAGUUUGCACCUCAUUUACAGCAACUUAAAACAAAACAUUGGGCAGAUCUUUCAGUAUUACAAACAGAGCAUGUCAAAGAACUUGAAAGGCUAAAACAGAAAAAGUGUGAGGAUACAAGAGUAUUUUUAGCACAGUUUCGCGAUCAAUUUCGAGAACAAACAAAUGAAAUGGUUAAAACAUCAAUGAAAGAGAACAACAAUGCAAUAGAACGCUAUAGGCAAAAGGCAGAAAAAGAAUUAUCACUAUUUAACGCAGAUUUAUCAUCAGCAUUGAGAAAUUUAGAAUUUUCUAUAAAUGAAAUCAAAAGAAGAUAUCAAAGGGACAUAGAAAUCGAAAGAAAUUCUACUUUAAGGAAAAUUGAAGAGGCAAAACGAAGUAUUUCGUCAGCAAAAAGAGUUGCCGAACAAAGAAUGACGCAAUUGGAUAAUAUUAAGACUGAAAACAACUUUGUUGCCCAAAAUCUUCCUGUUGUUGAGUUAGAACAGAAAUUAAAUGAGAAAAAUAAUUUAAUAAUUCAAAGAAGGAAAGAAAGCCUUGAAAAUGAAGUCACUGAACUCCAAAAUGAGCUUGAUGCUGAUUUUCAACUGCAAGUUAGCCAAAACAAACAGAAAAACGAAAGAAAAAUAAUAAAAUUAAAAGAAGACAUAGAUUAUCUAGAAUCUGAGAAGAACCAUAUGUUGCAGAUGUAUGAAAGACUUGGAUCGCAGAGAGAAAGGGCAGAAAAAAGAAAAGAAAUUUCUGAUGAAGAAAUUCGUCACAUAAAUAGUGAAAUUUCCAGCUUGAAAGAUAGGCUAUUUACUUUAUCGACGAAUCAGCCCAAGCCUGACUUGUCAUCAACGAAAAAGAGCAAUGAAAUUAUUUCAUCGUUAAGAAGGGAAAUAAAGGAAGUUGAAAUUGAGCAGAAAAGACAAACCAAAGAGUUUGAAGCAAGAAUUUCCAUAAUGAAAGAAAGACAAGAGGCCACGCUCAAAAAAACUGGUGAAAAGGUCAAAAAACUCAUAGAAGAGAAAGAUAAGGAAAUAAGAGAAUUAUCAGAGAACUUAAACAAGGCAAAUGAGAUGCUAAUAAAGGCAUCAAACGCUAUGAAAGGCAACUUUUAG